UCUUCUUAUAUAUAAUAUUUUCCCCGCGAUUCUUCCCUCGAGCGGUAUUUCCGUAGAAUUAGAAGAAAAAAGAAAAGAAGAAAAGACUCGUGGAAGCUCUGCCCGUGUGCUGCGUGGUAUGGUGCUGACACGGCCAAGCAAAAUGGUGGCUACCAAUUCAUUCUCUCUUCUUCUUCUUCUUCAGAAAAAAAUGGCGUUUUAUACGAUAGGCAAACCCUAACGAUCUUUCUCCGCUUUUACUCUUUCUAGUUUCUUUUUUUUUUCCCCUCUCUUUUUGGCUGAUUUUCGCUGUAAAUAUAUUCAGGAUGGGGGAGUCAGCGAAGGUGUUGUAUAUAGUUGUGGUGGAUGAAGGCGAGAAAGGAGAUGAAACGCUGUCGUUUCGAUACACGCGUCCUGUUCUUCAAGGCACUCUUCAACUCAUGGGAUGUAAAGCUCGUCAUGCCUUUAAGAUUAGCCAGAGGACUUUUGAAUUGAUUACAAGAAAAUCCUCCUACAACUCUCUACUUCAAGAGGGAAGUAAGACAUUGAAUUCUGACGGUUUGAAAGGAAACACCAAGAAGGAAGACAUCCAUCCUACUAACUUUUAUAGAACAGAGGCAGGCAGUUGUUUAGUUUCUGGGGAAGAUACUAGAGAUAAGAGUAUACCUUUUGAGUUGUACAAAAGGCGCACAUCAAUUGUUGUUACAAGGAAAUGUUUCUUAGAUGUUGUUUGCCAGGCUCUUUACGAAUAUAAAUAUGUGGGUCCAAGCGAGAGGGCUGACUUGAUUUUGGCAUGCAGAAUCCGGGAGAGGAAGGAAUCUAUAACCGUGCUGUUGUGUGGCACUAGUGGUUGUGGCAAAUCUACUUUGUCUGCUUUGCUGGCUAGCAGGUUGGGAGUUACUACUGUAAUUUCAACUGACUCUAUUCGUCACAUGAUGAGGAGUUUUGUAGAUGAAAAGGAAAAUCCAUUACUUUGGGCUUCAACCUACCAUGCUGGGGAGUGUUUAGAUCCUGUUGCAGUUGCACAAGCGAAGGCUAAAAAGAAGGCAAAAAAAUUGGCAGGCACUGCACAAUCAUUUCCUAAAGGUGAGCGAGCUGAUGGUUCUUCAGCUAGCAAGUGUGAUGCCCAACCAAUGGAGAGUGGUUCUAUUUGUACUGAAUUGAUUGGUCCCAAACAGAUAGCAGUUGAAGGAUUUAAGGCACAAAGUGAGAUGGUCAUUGACAGUCUAGAUAGAUUGAUUACCGCAUGGGAAGAGAGAAAAGAGUCUGUAAUUAUUGAGGGUGUUCACUUAAGCCUUACUUUUGUUGUAAGUAGACUUUUGGUUUGUUCAUUUCCCGAAGUUGACAUCUUUUAUUAUUACACCGAUUUACUUUUUCUUUGUGAGCAGAUGGGGCUUAUGAGGAAACACCCCUCAAUUAUACCAUUCAUGAUAUACAUUUCGAAUGAAGACAAACACUUGGAAAGAUUUGCAGUUCGUGCAAAGUACAUGACAUUGGACCCUGCAAAAAACAAGUAUGUGAAAUACAUAAAGAAUAUCAGGGCGAUACAAGAUUAUCUAUGUAAACGAGCUGACAAGCAUCUGGUUCCCAAAAUAAACAACACAAAUGUCGACAGAAGUGUGGCAGCCAUACAUGCUACAGUUUUCAGUUGUUUCCGCAGGCAUGAAGCUGGGGAGCCACUUUAUGAUCCUGUAGCAAAUACAGUUGGUGUUAUUUACGAUGAAUACAAGAAAUGUGCUGCCAAUUCACUGAGCUCCAAGGGAAUGUUUCAGUUGAUCCAGAGGCAAGGUUCUUCUAGGCAAUUGAUGGCUCUUCUCAACACUGAUGGGUCUGUGGCAAAAGCUUGGCCGGUUAAAUCAGUUGAUAGUAAUGGAAGGCCCAUCUCUGGCCAUAUGUGUCCGGGUGGAGUAGGCCUUCCGUUGUAUGGACCUUUACAAAUUGGCAAGGCUGAACCUGUUAAUCUUCAAUUUGGUAACUUCGGAAUCAGUGCCUGGCCUAGUGAUGGUGGCACUAGUCGUGCUGGAAGCGUGGAUGACUUGAGAUGCGAUGCAGCUGAUACAGGCAGUAGACAUCAUUCUUCUUGUGGCAGUUCACCAAGGAUGUCCGAUUGUCCUGCAAAGGAGCUAAAAGAAGAAAUUUCAGAGUUUGGCAGUGAUGAUGAAGAAGUUGAUGAUCCACCCGAGGUGGACAGUGAUGAAGAUUUUGCCGACCGUCACAAACAGUUCCAAGAAGAGGUAGGCUCCGUUGAUGAAGGCUCAACAAAGUCGGAUGAAGAGUACGAUGAUCUGGCAAUGGAGGAUAUGGUGGAGAAUGAUGACCGGUUAGAGGACGAAGACCGUCGUGGUAAGGUAAUAGUAAGUUCCGAGGACCAAGCAACUCCCACAAAAGGGGAUAAAGCUAGCAAGAGUGAUCAGUUAUCUGUGCCUAGGGAGAAAAGCGAGAAGGGGUUUGCUAGAAUGAGGAAACGCUCCCUUAGCAAUCCAGACAUGAAGAAGCACGUAUCAAUAAUCAACGAUUGCAUACUUUCCAGAACCCCCGAGCGGUAGCAAUACAGUUUUUUUUUCUCGACGAUGGUAAACUAAUGCAAGUUGCUAACCAACCCUUUCCAUCCUCUAUUCUCGUGUAUAGUGAUGCUUUGGUAUGGUUGGCAAUAACAUUAUGAGCAAAAUAUAGGGUUCUUAAUUGGUCGUGUCUGAAUGACCGAAUUAGGGACGUAAUAAGUUAUGUUUGGUCGAUGAAGUCACGAUUAUGUCUACUUCGACCUGGAUACUAUCAUGCUCCAUACAAAUUUAUGGGAUAUGUGAUUAAAAUUUUAAA